AUGGCGACAGCCAAAACGCUCGAAGCUCGCUUUGAGCAUCUGUCCAUGAAAGAUGAAAAGGAAAAUGGAAACAACGAUCGAACCUAUGGCAAGCAAAAGGCCCCGGUCUCUUCAGCCCAGUCAAACAGCAAUUCGAAUCGAGCUCAACUACUGAAAUUGGCUCUUCAAAAUAAUAAUGAAAACAAGGCAAAUGCCAUGAACGUUCCAGCCUCGCCAGGUAGAGGCUCCCAUGGCGCAUUGGUGACCCGAAGCACCGAUGAAAACGGUGAUCACCGCACAUCUUCCCUCUGCGAGCAGCCAACUGUCCCCAAGGAACUGCACUUGGGAAUGUUUGAAAUCGGUAAACCAUUGGGUAAGGGAAAGUUUGGGCGUGUUUAUCUUGCCAAGGAACGUUCCUCUGGCUUCGUCUGUGCACUGAAGGUGCUACACAAGUCAGAGUUACAACAGGGUGGUGUUCAGAAGCAAGUCAGGCGUGAAAUCGAGAUUCAGAGUAAUCUACGUCAUCCUAAUGUCUUGAGACUCUAUGGUCACUUCCAUGACAGCAAACGAAUCUUUUUGAUCCUCGAGUUUGCUGGCCGUGGUGAGCUGUACAAGCACCUUCGCAAAGAGCAUCGGUUCCCGGAAUGGAAGGCCGCACAGUAUAUUGCGCAGAUGGCUGCAGCAUUGAAAUACCUGCAUAAAAAGCACGUCAUGCACCGUGAUAUCAAGCCCGAGAACAUCCUUGUUGGCAUUCAUGGAGAGAUCAAAAUCAGUGAUUUCGGCUGGAGUGUCCAUGCCCCCAACAACCGACGCCAAACGAUGUGUGGAACUCUCGACUACUUGCCCCCAGAGAUGCUCAAUCAUGGCUCCAAGGACAAUUACUACAGCGAGAAGGUGGACUUGUGGAGUCUAGGUGUCUUGACUUAUGAAUUUUUGGUGGGCGAGGCUCCGUUCGAGGAUACCCCUGUCAUGACCCAACGGCGGAUUACCAGAGCAGAUAUGUCGGUCCCAUCCUUCGUGAGCCCGGAGGCGAAGGACCUUAUCAAGAAGCUUCUUGUUCUUGAUCCUGCGAAGAGAAUCCCGCUUGAGGAGAUCCAACGUCAUCCUUGGAUUGUCAAGCACUGCGAGAAAGACGAUCGAACUGUGAAGCGAAGUUCGGGUUCUUCCAAGGAGGGCAAAGUAUGA